AUAUAAAGGUUGAAUUACUUGAACCAUCUACACAGAGCGCUGUUGUACUGUAACAGAAACAUCAGUCUGUCCACAUUAAGCUAUGAGACACGAAACAACAUCUGUGCUGCUGUUCACACUUGCAUCAGUUGCUGCAGUUAACUCGAUAUGUCCCCUGGGAUUCGUGGAACACAAGAAAUCCUGCUAUUGGUUCUCCAAGAUAAUGGCGAACUUUGCUGAGGCAAGGUCCUACUGUCAAUACUUUGGAAGUCACCUCGCCAAAGUGACCAGCAAAGAUGAAGAUGACUUUGUCAGAUGCUAUGCAUACAGCCGUGGACGAGCUGCUAACUACUGGCUUGGUGCUACCGACCUGAACGUAGAAGGAACAUGGCUCUGGGAGGGCCAACAGGCCAUGGAUUACAGCAACUGGAGUACAGGCCAACCUGAUAAUAGUGCUGGGAUUGAACACUGUCUGGAUAUCAAACAGAGAUAUGAAAGCUAUCUAUGGAAUGAUGAAAAUUGUAACAAGACUGCUAAUUUUAUUUGUGAAAUGGAAGUCAAAACAUAGCUACGAUCUCUGCCACUCCUACCGACCAAUGAAAUGGAAUAUAGUCAACUAAUUGAAGAUUGUAUUUAUUUUCCCAUUCCGUUGACGGAUUAAACGUACUUGUCUUAGUUUCAAUAAAGUUUUUCAAGUUUUCAGUUAUUUUCACACGAAUUGAUACCCAAUGUCGUAGCUUCCCUGAGAUUAUGCUACAGAAUGGGCUGUUGUCACAUUGCUUGUGAGAACAUGAAAAAAAAACAAGAUCAAGUGGUCCCAAUUUGAAAUUUUCUCCAACAUUACUAUUGUGCCUGAUCAAGAAGACCCUUUAUCACCCCUGUUAAUACCAGACCUUGACUGUUUAUUUUUUUGGUAAGAAAUUUGCAUCAUUCUCUUCACACACUUCACAUUCCAUAUAUAUGUCAUGAAAACAUUAAACCUUAGAGGGUGAAUAAUGUUAAACAUAGAUUCCCUCGAAAUGCAUGUUGGAUGAGAAGUAAUUGA